AUGACUGUGAAACUUCCAUACGACGUUGUGGGGGAGGUUAUCAACCACCUCUCCGACGAUAAACGCUCCCUCCGCGCCUGCUCCCUCAUCUGCAAAGCCACCGUUCCCUUAUGCCGGCGCCACAUAUUCUCUGAAAUUAAUAUACGGAAGGAGGUCCGUGGCUUCGCGGACCUUUUGGAUAGAAUUCCAGAGACUGCCAACCGCGUCCGCACUCUUAGGCUUGCUUUUGGCGAUUUACAAUAUGAAAACGAUGCCGUUGAAUGUUGUCAAUCAUUUCUCAAGCUCAACGGACUCCAUACUAUAGAGCUUGAAUUUCAUCAUUCUAGUUCCUGCGAGGAAAAAUUCCUGGAAGACAUCAAGCUGGUUCUCUUUCAUCUCCUUUCGCUUCCAUCAGUCUCGACCCUCGAGCUGAAUUGCGAAGGCCAUUAUGACAGUACUGCAUGCCGACCGGCGUUCGUUUACCUGGCGCGUAUUCGCAAUCUCAAAACCCUGAUACUCAACUCAGACUCCUUUGACAUCCCACAUGGGGUACAACCAUCAUUCACGGGACCCUCUUUGGGAUUUUUGGACUUGAGCUACUUUCCGCUUGGAAAACUACAUAUAGUGAAGCAAUACAUAACGAAACACGUCUUUGAUCUCUCACUUCUGGAGACGUUGAAGAUCGGCGGGCGUUCAAAAGACGAAAGGGUAGCAGUUCAGGAUAUCAUCCAGUCCUGCGUGCCCACCCUUCGAAAUUUGACUUGCUAUAGUUGCGCCCCAUGUCCUCUGCAGUUGGAGGGUAUGCCGGGACUGCCUUUUCUCAGAGUUUUCAACCUGGAUUUGUGCUGGGAAACAGCCUGGGUCACGAAAUCGGACCUUUGGGUGCAAAAACUCGCAAAUCAGCAUGUAACGACUGCGGAAAUUCAAGCCCUUUUCAAUGUGUUAUCCAAUUGCCCAGAGUUGAACGAGAUCAACAUAUCAAUUCACUUUGGCAAUACAACCUCUCGUGAUCCCAGGCAGUUUUAUAACAGCGUCGCUUCCGUUGUUGACUGGAAAAGAUGCUUGAAGAUGUGCAAGCUGAUGGACGCUUCGCUCUCUGGGCUACAGUCUGAGAAGCUCGAGUUGGUUUCCUUUACACUCCACAUGGAGUCGCUGGAAGUCGGAGGUGAUGGUGUGGUAGUUCGGCGAUUUUUCCCGUUCCUUUCCGCCAGAGGAAUUCUGCGCGUUUCUGCGAUAUCUGAGGAAUAUAGGCGGCCCAUUAUUUACGUCGAACGGGAUAAGGCGUAG